CUCUCUUACUUGCUCGGCUUUGUUUGUUAGCCAAUUUCGCCAUUCUUUCUCGCCCUUCCCACCUUCCUCAAACAGAUCGAGUGCUCUUUACGAGAGUAUCUCUCUUCCUCUGCUCUUGCUUUCUUCUUCCCCCAUCCAUCCUCUUCUUCCUCGCUACUUACUACUACCAUACCCUUCCUGUUCGUAUUCCUUAUAAACCCCUUUUCCACCUCCAUUAUGGAUGGCACUCCACCGGCAUCGCUCAAGUCGCACGCUCAUCUGGUCGUCCAUCUCUUGUUGCCUCGCCAUACAUUCAUUGACCCGGAAAAGCAGUCGGCACAAUGGUUGACAUAUUCGACCCUGUGUGAGAUUUUGUCCCAGGUCAAAUCCCUCUUCGUUCUGGCUUUUCCCAUUGCUCUUACCUCUCUGGUUUUUUACUCUCGCUCCAUCGUCUCCAUGCUCUUCCUGGGUCACCUGGGUGAUCUCCCCCUAGCCGCCGGUUCUCUGGCCAUCGCCUUCGCCAACAUCACCGGGUAUUCAGUCCUCUCCGGUCUCGCUCUCGGCAUGGAGCCGCUUUGCUCUCAGGCCUUCGGCGCCAAACGUCCCAAGCUUCUGUCUUUGACCCUCCAUCGCUGCGUGCUUUUCCUCUUACUCUGCUCCGUACCCAUUUCCCUCCUCUGGCUCAACAUCUCCAGGGUCCUCCUCCUCUUACACCAGGACCCCCAUAUCAGCCGCAUGGCUCGCACGUACCUCCUUUUCGCCCUCCCCGACCUCCUGACCAACUCAUUCAUUCAUCCUCUUCGCAUUUACCUUCGCGCCCAGGGAAUCACCCACCCUCUCACGUUAGCCUCCCUCGCCGGCACCGUCCUCCACCUGCCCUUCAACUUGCUCCUCGUCACCUACCUCCGCCUCGGCGUGCCAGGAGUCGCCGCCGCCUCCGCCGCCUCCAACUUCUCCAUUUUGUUGUUCCUCGUCGCCUAUGUGUGGAUGAUGGGGAUACACGAGCCCACGUGGACGAGACCGAGCAGAGACUGUCUGAGAGGCUGGGAGCCGCUGCUUCGGCUGGCCGCCCCGAGCUGCGCAUCGGUUUGCCUGGAAUGGUGGUGGUACGAGAUCAUGAUCAUUUUGUGCGGGCUGCUAGUGGACCCCAGGGCGACCGUGGCUUCCAUGGGCAUACUGAUCCAAACGACGUCGUUGAUCUACGUGUUCCCGUCAUCGCUCGGGUUUGCAGUGUCCACUCGGGUCGGUAACGAGCUCGGGGCAGCCAGGCCCUACCGGGCAAAACUAUCGGCCGUGGUAUCAGUGUUCAUCGCGUCCGCGAUGGGCUUCUCGGCCACAAUAUUCGCGACCGCUAUAAGAUACAGGUGGGGCCGCAUGUUCACUAACGACGACCAGAUCUUACGGCUGACGUCGGUGGCACUGCCCAUCCUAGGACUGUGCGAGCUCGGUAACUGUCCGCAGACGGUGGGGUGCGGCGUCGUUAGAGCAGCGAGGCCCACCCUGGCUGCUAGCGUGAACCUGAGCGCAUUCUAUCUGGUGGGGAUGCCCGUGGCGGUUGGGCUCGGGUUCUGGGUGGAUCUUGGGUUUCGUGGGCUGUGGUUGGGCCUGUUGUCGGCCCAGGUUUGUUGCGCGGGGCUAAUGUUGUAUGUGAUCGGGACCACCGAUUGGGAUUUCCAAGCCAGCCGUGCCCAGUUACUGACGUCCGUCGACGAGUCAGGGAAGGGAUCAGGAGCUGAUGAUAAUGAUAUGGACGACCAGAAGCAGCCACUGAUGAGCGUUCCGGUUCCGGUCCCGGCUUCGUCUUGAUUAAUUUAACCGACCCAAAAUACCACCAACUCGACAUCUAAUAUCUGAUGAUUUUGAUUUUUCUCCCCACCACUUUUAUGAUUAAUAUGUAAUUUUUUUAGGGAAAUAGUGAAUGAAUUUUUUUGCUUUAAACAUUUUUCUUCUCCUGAGGAUGGAAGGGAGAAAUGAAGCAAACUGAUAGAUCCCGUCAUUCGCUAUAUACACAUACAUUAAUAAUUAAUGAAUGUAUUUGUUCGGUUUUGGAUA